AUGUGGGAUCACUGGAAGAAGUCCGCUCGGGCAGUUCACCCGGUGUUCGGUGUCCCGGAUCCUGAGCCGGGCAUAUUGCAGGUUGCUUGCAAAAUUCAGACAGUUGGUGAUGUUGCCAGGCUACGACAGGAGGUGGUCACUGAAGUCCUUGGUAUGGUGGACGACUGGGCUGAUCAAACUGCAGCUUGGUUCUCCAACAUCCCCCCGCGUGUGGCGCAGGUGUAUCGUGCUUCGGGCUCUCGCGCUUUGCAGGUCCCUUUGUUACUGCACUUGUUGAAGCAUUGCAACUUACCAGGCCUCGAUGAGCUGCGGGAGGAUCUCACGUACGGUUGCCAGGUUUUGGGCACUAUGCGCCGGGGGCCUGGCUGGUUACCGAGACUGGAUGACAAGUACAGUAACCCCAUGAACUUGGAGGAUUUUGCCAAAGCAAAUACUGCGCACAUUUCCAGCCGUUUGGGAGGCAUUCGUCCUGACCCUCACUGGCAGCAGAUGUUGGAUGAACUCUUGGUUGAGAAGCACAAGGGUCGCCUUCGAGACCCUUUUGUGACACCUUCGGACUGGGGUCUCGAACAGGUGACCAUUCCCGGCCAUCCCUUGUUGCAACUUGACGAGGACAUGGUGCAGGCAGCCUUCUUGUUCUCCGUGGAGCAGCCGGACAAAGCGCGGAGAAUAGAGGACUGGACGGCCAGCUACCAUGCGUGCUUUGACGUGCCUACACAUCACACUGUGCAGACAUUGGUGGACUGCCUUGUCUGGCCGCAGUCUCGGGGCUAUGAUGCGAUUCCGUGGAGUCAUGACAUGGACUCGGCUUAUCGCUAG